GGAUUCGAUUGCUUGUAUAGAAAGGACACAGAGACUUUGGCACAUGGGAAAUGUGUGAGUGUGGAUGUUAUUGACUGCUAUGCUGCCUAUCUGAAUCGGGAGCAAGUGAGAAGAGGGCAACUGAAAAGAUGGGUGUUCUAUUCAGGGCUGGCGCAAAAAGUGCAGGGGAUAGUGAAGAACUCUGGACCACUGCCUAAUUUUUUUGAAGAGACUGAUGAAAUUAUUACAAGUUGCAAGUGGAUACCA